AAUGCGUCUUUCUCAACCGAAUGAAGUCUCCUGGGCCUGAAAAGAUGUCUCCUGGCAUUAAAAACUUGGAUUGCUUUUCUCCAAUGCUGUGCCACUGUAAAGUCGCCUGUAGCAACAACGCGGUCUCCUUAAUAUUUGGAUGCAAGAAAUACCGCUGUCCAGAUGAGGACACGCCUUCCGUGGUGCACAGCAGCAGCUCCCCGCAGGCUCCGAGUGAAGGAAUAUCUCCCGAGCUCGUGCAGGUGUCUGAGAAGAAUCUCUCGCAGAUUGAGAACAUCCAUGGCUUUGUUUCCCACUCUCAUAUUUCCCCUGUAAAGGCCCCCGAACCAGCACCACCUCUCCCUCCGCGUGUGGCCUCUGCCGUCCCGACCCCAGCCGAGGCUCUGCCCGCCACCUCCGCAUCGCCGUCCACGGUGCAGGCAAAUCCCCCUCCGGUUUUGGUGAACACAGAGACUUCAGAGACACCGACUUACGUCAAUGGCACCGACACUGACUAUGAAUAUGAAGAAAUCACCCUGGAAAGAGGCAACUCAGGACUCGGCUUUAGCAUCGCAGGGGGGACUGACAACCCCCACAUUGAGGAUGACUCCAGUAUCUUCAUCACCAAGAUCAUCCCUGGGGGUGCAGCUGCGCAAGAUGGACGGUUGCGGGUGAACGACUGCAUUUUACGUGUGAACGAGGUGGACGUCCGUGACGUGACCCAUAGUCGGGCGGUGGAGGCCUUGAAGGAGGCGGGCUCCAUGGUUCGGCUGCACAUCAAGAGGCGCAAGCAAGUCACGGAGAAAAUGGUGGAGAUCAAGCUUGUGAAAGGACCCAAAGGUCUGGGGUUCAGCAUUGCUGGGGGUGUUGGAAACCAGCAUAUCCCUGGAGACAACAGCAUCUACGUCACCAAAAUUAUUGAAGGAGGGGCAGCGCAUAAAGAUGGCAAGCUACAGAUUGGAGACAAGCUUCUGGCAGUGAACAGCGUUUGCUUAGAAGAAGUCACCCAUGAAGAAGCAGUGACUGCCUUAAAGAACACCUCGGACUUCGUCUAUUUGAAAGUUGCAAAACCUACCAGCAUGUUCAUGAAUGAUAGCUUUGCCCACCCAGACAUCCCCAACUCUUACUCUCAGCCCCUCGACAACCACGUCACUCCAUCUGCCUACUUGGGGCAAGCUGUGCCGCCGGCGUCGCCAGGGAGGUAUUCCCCCAUUCCAAAGGGGAUGCUUGGAGACAGCGAGAUCACCAGGGAGCCGCGGAAGGUGAUUCUCCACCGAGGAUCCACGGGCCUUGGGUUCAACAUAGUGGGAGGGGAAGACGGAGAAGGCAUUUUCGUCUCAUUCAUCCUGGCUGGAGGGCCUGCCGAUCUGAGUGGCGAGCUCCGGAAAGGGGACAGGAUCAUUUCGGUAAAUGGGAUAGACCUCAAAGCAGCCACACACGAAGAAGCCGCCGCCGCCUUGAAGAAUGCCGGCCAGAGUGUUACGAUUGUGGCUCAAUACCGUCCAGAAGAAUACAGCCGCUUUGAAGCUAAAAUCCACGACCUGCGGGAGCAGAUGAUGAACAGCAGUAUCAGUUCAGGAUCCGGUUCUCUGCGGACGAAUCAGAAGCGGUCCCUCUAUGUCAGAGCGCUCUUUGACUACGACAAGACCAAAGACAGUGGCCUUCCCAGCCAGGGACUCAACUUCCAGUUUGGCGACAUCCUCCAUGUCAUCAAUGCUUCCGACGACGAGUGGUGGCAGGCGAGGCUGGUGAUGCCAAGCGGGGAGAGCGAUGAAGUUGGCGUCAUCCCCAGCAAGCGCCGGGUUGAGAAGAAAGAACGAGCUCGCUUGAAGACGGUGAAAUUUAAUUCAAAAGCAAGAGGCGACAAAGGGCAGUCAUUCAAUGACAAGCGUAAAAAGAACCUCUUUUCCCGAAAAUUCCCCUUCUACAAGAACAAGGACCAGAGUGAGCAGGAGACCAGUGAUGUGGACCAGCACGUCACCUCCAACGCCAGCGACAGCGAAAGCAGCUACCGUGGCCAGGAAGAAUACGUCCUGUCUUACGAGCCCGUCGUUCAGCAAGAAGUCAACUAUACGCGGCCUGUGAUCAUUCUGGGACCGAUGAAGGACCGAAUCAACGACGACCUGAUCUCUGAAUUCCCUGACAAGUUUGGCUCCUGUGUGCCUCAUACAACCCGACCAAAGCGAGACUACGAGGUGGAUGGGCGGGAUUAUCACUUCGUAACGUCGAGGGAACAGAUGGAGAAAGACAUCCAAGACCACCGGUUCAUUGAAGCCGGGCAGUACAACAACCAUCUGUACGGGACGAGCGUCCAGUCUGUGCGGGAGGUGGCGGAGAAGGGCAAGCACUGCAUCCUUGAUGUCUCUGGAAACGCGAUCAAGAGGCUCCAGGUAGCCCAGCUGCACCCAGUCGCCAUCUUCAUCAAACCCAAAUCAGUGGAAAAUAUCACGGAAAUGAAUAAAAGAUUAACAGAUGAGCAGGCGCGGAAGACAUUUGAAAGAGCUAUGAAACUGGAGCAAGAAUUUACGGAACAUUUUACAGCCAUCGUUCAAGGGGACACCCUGGAAGAGAUUUACAAUCAAGUCAAGCAAGUGAUUGAGGAGCACUCGGGGCCCUACAUUUGGGCCCCUGCCAAGGAGAAGCUCUGAGGGGACGGUGCUCUUCGGCCUCCUGCCUCCAGCAUCCCACUGCCUCUUCCUCCAGCUGACAGACUGACAACUGACCAGCUGUGGGGGGGGUCCGCAGGCCCAGCGGCACCUCCAGCCCUGGAUGGAUGGAUCUCGUGGGAGCUGCCCCCACCGCCCCCGCCACAACCAUCACCACCACCAGGACUGCCACCGCCGCUGCUGCCGCCACUGCCGCUGCCACGGCGGCGUCCCAGGGCUGCCUCCUUUUCUUCCGCCAACUGCGUGGAUCCUCACCGGCAGCCACGGACAGGGGUUUUUUGGUUUUUUUUUAAUCUCAGUGCUCAAGAGGCAACAGCUCUUGUGGGAAAAGGGGGAAAUUACACAGUAAACUCCUUAAUGUUUAAGGGAAAGUAUCCUUCACAGAUUUUGAGAAAACAAAGCUUUAUAUACAUCCUCUCAACGAUUUCCUAACAAAAUGAAAGAAAAGUGGUCUUAAUGAUGUAAAUUGUGAGCAAUUUUGCACGCUUAACCUUACUAGCAUGAUUUGAUCCAAGGGGUUCAGGACUUAGUUUCAUCAUUUUCUGUUGAAAUGCUUAAGAUAAUGUUUGCAUAAUCAACAUUAUUUCACAAGGGAAAAGUCAUUUUCAUAAUUUCAUAAGAAUAUUCUUUAUUGUCUUAUCUUUUCCCCCCUCCUUUUUUGUGAUGCUGUUGCUAGAGACAAGAGUAACUAUUUUUAAACUAGUUCAUUCAAGGCUGUUUGGAACUUCUUAACAAAUAUCAUUGAUAGCUGACCAUCAUUGCAUUUUUGAAUCCAAGUACUAUUUAGGUGCUUAAAAAGCUUGUAUCCCACCUAGGAAUGAUGAAUUUUGUUCUGAAAAUAUUUUGAAAGAUACUAUUAUUAUUAUUAUUAUGGCCAAGGCUCUGUUUUAGAGCCUGGAAGUAUAAAUAUGUUCGUAGAGGUCAGAUUUUGAUGAAUAUUUUACCCAUAAUAAUUGCCUAUUUUGUUAUAAUAAAAUAUAUACAUACAUAU